AUGGCGGUGACACGAAUGGUGCCCGGUGAUUUUGAAUUCGAGAAGUCGGUGGGGACAGGGGCAUUUAGUAAAGUAUUGGUAGCACGCUAUAUUCCCACCGGAGUGCGCUACGCUGUCAAGCUUAUUUCAAAGCGGCAAAUCCUUACCGCACCAUCGGACGAGGAGAGGAACCGCAUGGCCGAGGUGGCGAGAAGGGAAACUCGCAUGCUCCUGAUGUGCAACCACCCUAACAUUGUUCGUUUUUAUGCUGCGAUGCAGACACCCGAUGACCUCAUGUACGUAACGGAAUUGUGCGAUGGAGGCGAACUUCUUCAAGCGAUUAAAUCGCGAGAAAAAAUACCCAUAGAUGCGGCACGCUAUGUUCUAGCAGAGCUUUUUUCUGCUGUUUGGUACCUGCAUCAUGCACCUAAGCAGGCUCUGCCGAUUGUACCCAAUGCGCCUCUGAAACUCAUUACAAUCCUCCACCGGGAUAUCAAACCGGAGAACAUUAUGCUUAUGACAAACAAGCACAUAAAGCUCAUCGACUUUGGUACUGCGGUGGUUUGCCAAUCAAUUGAUGACCGUCCGGAGGGAGAUCAAAGCAGCAAAGGACGCGCACAAACUUUCUGUGGUACAACGCAUUAUAUGUCACCUGAGUUGCUACAAUACAAUUAUACCUGCACUGCGUCAGAUUACUGGGCCUGUGGUUGCGUGUUGUAUCACAUGCUGGUUGGUAGACGGCCCUUUGACGAGCCAACGGAGUACCUACUCAUAAAAAGCAUACUUGAAGAGGAACCUCGCUAUCCCGAAGACUUGGAUCCCAGCUCUAGAGACCUAAUAUCGAAGUUGUUAGUGAAAAAUCCGGAUAAGCGCCCGGGAAAAGAAGAGGUACGGAACCAUCCUUUCUUCACAGAUGUUGACUUUGAAACACUCUCAACGGAAAACGUAGCGAGGUUUUGGAUUAGAAAGGUGGCAUGGGUUGAUGAAUCAACUGUCAAUGCCUGUAGGGGGUGCGGUAGCUCAUUUAGUUUUUGGAGACGGCGGCAUCACUGCCGGAAUUGUGGGGACGUAUUCUGCAGUUCGUGUUCCUCAAAAACUUCCUUUAUACCGGAAUCGACUUAUGAUAGCCCCGAAAGAGUCUGUGACAACUGUUUUAAUGAAAUUCAAGGUGCUUGA